UUGGCUCCCUUGGUGAGAUUUGGAUCCACUUUUUUUGAAACGCGGGAUAGCCAACUAGCUAUCCCGGGGGUUAGCUCAGCAGGCUAGCUGCUGUCUUUGUCUGGAGAGACCGGGGAGCUAAGAGGCAUGCGUCCAUCAUCGGACACGUCCCCGUCUGACCCGCUUGUUUCCCCUUUAUGUCUAAAUUCGGAACCACUACUUGUGCACUCAUUUUAAGCCGUUAACAAAUGUAUCUCACUGUUUAUGUAACGGUUAUCCUCUCUUCUUUAUAGCUACGUUCCAACGUCUGUUUGAUAUCUGUUUAACCACCCGUCGAAAUCAAUACUGGAAUGUUUAACGUUUGUCAAGCCAAGUUAUUAUUUUAGAAACUUCCCAUCAGCAAUUUAACUUAUUCCGAAUACUUCCAGUGUCUGAUAUUCCUGGAUUUGUUCUGUAAACGCGAAUGGAUUCUGGAUAAGGGACGAAACAACAUAAGCGGGCGAGGAAACUGUAAUCGCGUGUCCGAUAAUGGAAAUAUAAUUUUGACAGAGAGGCUGAAAGCGCCGCAUCGGUAAUUGUCCAUCACAAGACAAAUUGUAAGGAGGCAAUGUGGGGAGCAGGGAGGAGACGUGGGGUCCAUCCCUGAGGAGGUGUCCUGCGGCUGGGAGGAGCGUGGCCCUCCUGCGGCCCUCCUGCGGCGCUCCGGGACGCUCCUACUAAGAUGUCCCUCAGCAGCGGCCCUGCAGGCGGGAAAGGUGUGGACUCCAACGCAGUGGACACGUACGACAGCGGUGAUGAGUGGGAUAUCGGUGUAGGCAAUCUGAUCAUUGACUUGGAGGCUGACUUGGAGAAAGACAAACUAGAGAUGUCGAGCAGUAAGGAGGGAGGGGGCAUGGCCGCCCCCCCCAGCGCUGUGGCUGCUUUACCUGACAAUAUAAAAUUUGUUAGUCCUGUAGCUGCCGCGCAGGGCAAAGAGAGCAAAUCCAAAUCCAAACGUAGUAAAAACUCUAAGGAGAGCGUAAAGGCCCCGGUCUCAGACGGAGCUAAGAAGGAUGUUCAGGGUCGGGCCCCUGGGGACCCUCCACCCCAGAACCCCAAUUCUACCCCCAGUAAGGACAAGUGUGCUAAACCUUCCCGUACCCUCCCUGCUGUGAAAAAGGACAAGGACGGGGUGUUGGGGAAAGCUAAGAAGGAGAAAAUGGACGUUGUGACCACAGGAGUGGUUAACACUGAGAAAGAGUCUGUGGGACCCAUCCUGCCACUGGGGGCCGCUCGCAGUGGCCCAUUCGAGGGCCAACAAAACCCUGAGCUGGCUGCAGCCGAGCAGCUUGGGAAUAUGGCACUGGACUCUGCAGGGAUUGGACAGACUGUCACCAUGACAACAGAGCAAGAGGAGGUGGACAACGGUGAAUGCCGAAAUCUGAAGAAAGUCGUCGGUAUGAAGAUGGAGUCCCCAGUCUCCACCCCUGCUCCUCCUCCUCUCCACCUCCUCGCUCCCAUCGCCAACAGUGACAUCUCAUCUCCCUGCGAGCAGAUCAUGGUUCGCACGCGCUCGGUAGCUGUGAACACUGCGGACGCCUCAUUGGCUACUGAUCCGGAGUGCCUGGGACCCUGCGAGCCGGGCACCAGCGUCAACCUGGAGGGCAUCGUGUGGCAGGAGACCGAGGACGGCAUGCUGGUUGUUAACGUCACCUGGAGGAACAAGACGUACGUUGGGACCCUCCUGGACUGCACAAGACAUGACUGGGCCCCUCCAAGAUUCUGUGAGUCUCCCACCAGUGAUGUGGAAAUGCGGAGCGGUCGUGGUCGGGGGAAGAGGAUGCGUCCCAGUAGCAACACACCGCUGAAUGACAACAGCAACUCUUCGGACAACAAAGGUAGCGGCAGCAGCAAGACACGCGGCGCUGCUGCAAACAGCAAAGGGCGGCGGGGCAGCCAGACGACUGCCGGCGCAGAGGAUGUCAAGGCCAGUCCGUCAUCCGCUAAGAGGAAGACCAAACCUGCCUCUGACAUGGAGCCCACCUCCAGCUCAGAGGACACCAAGGCUUCAAAGCGCAUGAGAACUAACUCCACCGGCACUGCACUCCCCCUCCCAGGAGGCAAAUCUGACCCCCUGCCCCCUCCACAGCUGGACCGGUCCUGCACCUCCCCCGUGCUCAUCGACUGCCCUCACCCCAACUGCAACAAGAAGUACAAGCACAUCAAUGGGCUGAAGUACCACCAGGCUCGAGCCCAUAACGACCAAGAUGUCCGAUUGGACCAGGACGGUGACAGUGAAUAUGGAGAUGAUCCUGCCCUCCACCCUGACCCUGCCUCGUGCAACGGUGCCGCCAUCUCCCCUGCCCGCUCUACUACACCCAAAGGACGGGUGUUUGACGCGCCAUCACCCUCGCCAGGGAAGCUGACGUCAAAGGGUAAGAAGAAGGGAGGAGAGGCUGAGCCUGAGGUGACGGAUUGCGGCGAGGAGGGGGCGUGUUUGACAGAUGAGGCCAGUAACGAUGGGAUGGACGACAGGAAGGCCAAGAAGAUGGCAGCCGGAGGCAAGUCUGAUAAACUGACCCAGAAAGGCCUGAAGCCGACCCGACCUGUGGCCCCUGCAGCCCCCAGCGCCCCCUCGCCUUAUGCCAUGCAGGCAUCCUCCCCUGCUCUGGGCUCAGUGGUACAGUCCAUCCCCAAGAGCCCCCAGCUGAAGAACAUCCAACCUAAACCCCCUCCACUGGCUGACCCCGCCUCCAGCCCCACCCUCACCAAGGACAAGAAGAAGAAGGACAAGAAGAAGAGGGAGGGAGCAAAGGAGGGAGACAGUCCGAAGGCGAUGGGGAAGGGAGGAAGGCCAGAGGAGGGGAAGAGCCCGUACUCUGAGGCAUCUGAUGCUUUGCUCAAUGGCUCUUCAGAAGCUCACCAGAGCCGAUUGGCCAGCAUCAAGGCUGAGGCUGACAAGGUGUACAGCUUCUCAGAUAACGCACCCAGUCCGUCCAUUGGCGUGGCCAGCAGGAUGGAAGCCGGCCUCGUGGCCCCUCUGCACCUCAACCAAAAUGGAGCUGACACUGCGUCUGUCAAAACCAGCAGCCCCGCCUACUCUGACAUCUCUGAUGCUGGGGAGGAUGGAGAGGGGAAGGCGGAGGGGGUGAAGGUCAAAGCUGAACCUGACCAGGGGUCUCGUGAAGCAGCCAAGAAGGCGCUGUUCCCUCCUCAGGCUCCUAGUAAAGAAUCACCGUACUACCCCAACUACGACUCCUACUACUCUCCCAGCUACCCCAACCCCAGCCCAGGAGCGGCACCUGCAGCGCCGCCUCACGUGGAAGGAGCUCAGGUAAAGGUGAAGAAGGAAGAGGAGCAGCCGGAGGUGGGGGAGGAGGGCAAACUGAAGGUGGAACCUCAGGAGGAGAGGAGGGCGGAGCCUGGGCCUCAGCAACCAUCAGUCAUUCAGCAGCGCUCCAACAUGUACACCCAGCCUCUAUACUACAACCAGUACUAUGUCCCCCCCUACUCCUACUCGCCUGACCAGGCCUACCACGCCCACCUGCUGGCCUCGAACCCCGCCUACCGCCAGCAGUAUGAGGAGAGACAGCGGCAGGCUGACAAGAAGGCUGAGGGCAAAGAGCGGGAGGCUUGUGGGAAAGAGGAGUGGAAGCAGAAAGCCUCGGCCCCCCCCACGCUGUCCAGAGCCCCCAGCCUCACUGACCUGGCCUCAAAGGGUGUGCUGAACCCAACCAAGACCAAGGAGCCUCUACCAGCUUCAGAACAGGCCAAGUCAGUCAUCAUGGCGAAGGGCGAGGACCCCAAGGCCCCCACCGCCCAGCCUGAGGGUCUGAAGAUGAAGCUGAGUGAAGCAGGGCAUCAUGGGAAAGAGGAGGCCAAGUCAGGGGUGGAGUCAGGCAGACCAGCAGGUGUGGAGCCUGCCAUGUGGUACAGACAGGAGCCAGACUCGCGCUUGUGGCCCUACGUCUACCCCAACAAAUACUCAGAAGCUCCUAAACCACAGGAGGAAGACCGGUGGAAGGAUGACAGGGAGCGAGAGCGCGACAGGAAGGGGAAGGAAGAGAGGCAGCGGCAGAAGGAGAGCCUCCAAAAGGAGGAGGUGAAGGAGGGGGUGGAGGGCAGGACUCAGCUGCCUCCAGAGGAGCACAGGGGUGCAGGGAAGGAGGCCCGUCCCCCCCACAUGCAGUUCUCCUCCCCUUUGGCCCAACACCAGGGCUACAUGCCCUACAUGCACGGACCGUACGCCUACAGCCAUGGCUACGAACCCAGCCACCCCGGCUACAGAGGCAUGCCCUCAGUCAUGAUGCAGAACUACGCCGGGUCCUACCUGCCGGCUGGUUACUCCUUCCCUUCGUAUGGGGGGAAGGUGGCGGCGGGGGAGGAGGGGGAGAAGCCGUCCCGGUCCAGUCCCACGGUGAAGCCGACCAGCGAGGCCAAAGCUCUGGACCUGCUGCAGCAGCAUGCCAGUCAGUACAAGAGCAAAUCCCCGUCCAUCCAAGACAGCAAGAGUCUGCAUGACCGCGAGAGGGACAGAGAGAGAGACCGGGAGAGAGAGAGAGACAGGGAGAGAGAGGGCGACCGGCCACGAUCUUCGCCAUCCCAACGCAUCCUGCCUUCCCAUCAUCACCUGGGAUACCCGCUGCUGUCGGGACAAUACGACCUGUCCUACGCCUCAGGUCUCUCCUCGUCAGCCAUCGUGGCCAGUCAGCAAGCGUCCGCCCCGACCAUGUACCCCCCCGCACGGAGACACACCUGAUUGGCUGACCAGAGUCAUGUGACCGGAUCACAUGAGGAAGAGUUUCUGUUUCAACAUCAGUUCAAUGGUGUUUGUUUAGUUUGAUUUCUCUGCCUGGAUGUCCAGCCAGCUGCUCCGCCCCCCCACUCGACUGCUGAGACUUCAGGAGCAUUGAAAGCCUCAUACUGGUUCUGCUGGUGCUGCUGGUCCCAGACGGUACCUUGGUGCUCGGGGCGGGCGGGCAGCAGAGACACGUUGAGACGCCGCUGGCUGCUGGAGGAGCAGCUCCUGUUGUUUUGGCGGUGGGCGCCUGGCGUUUGCGGACGGGUGGGGCAGUCCCUUCCUGUUCCAGCCUUCAGUCGAUUCUCAUCCUACAGCACGUUUCUGUGACGUCCUGUGACCCCCCAGACUUUACCUGCAGUGACCUCUGACCUCUCUGAGAAGCAGCGAAUCAACCGCACACUCCAGCGGACGUCGUCACACUUUGACCUGGAAGCAGCUCAGCUUCACAGGACGUCAAAAAUACUGUGCACGGAGGAGGACGGACCAAUCAGAGAGCAGUGUUCAGACUGAUGCUGCAUCCUCAGACCAACCGGCUGCGUCAGACUCCUCCUCCUCAGUGUGUAGCUGUACUGUACUCUCUGUGUGUGUGUGUGUGUGUGUGCGUGUGUGUGUGUGUGUGUGUGUAAAUACUGUACAGAGGAAUUAUUUUAAAGAGCCUGUUGGAUGCUGUUCGAUUUCCUACUCUUCUUUUUGUCUGGUAGCCUCUGCCUCUGUUUUUCUACUGUUGUUGAUCUGAUAUUAAACCUGUAGCUGGUGGAACGGCGCCCGA